ACACCCACCUUUUCCAGCGCAGUAAGAGCAGCACAGACUGGGUUUAGCCUGCUCCCUGAGAACAUGUACAUGGAAAGGAUGGAUCUGCGGGCCUGCGUUCUCUUGUGGAUCAUCUGUUUUAACGUUUCCAGAGGUAUAACUUUCAACACUACAGCUACCAUGGAUACAAAGAGUGUGGCGACUCCAAGUCCAACCCCCUUAACAGCAUCUACAGCAGGCACAAAUAUCACCCAUCAAGAACACCUGGGAUCACACUAUUCCACCAAGGCAGAAACAUCAACACAGACAACAGACAAGGCUACAUCGUGUCCCUCCACUUCGACUGUACCCCCCACUCUACCAACAGCAGCUCUGUCAGUGCCUUCCUCAACCACAAUAGAUUCCCAGGUUAAGACAUCUGGUUCCAUCGGCUCAUCAUUUCCCUCUGGCAGUACCUCCAUUCAGCGAAGUGGAAAUGAAGAGAGCAAACCAAACACAACGACUGAGCCACUGCAGAGCAAACUGAACACAACGACUGAGCCACUGCAGAGCAAACUGAACACUACGACCAGCAGUUUUCCAUCCUCUCCAGGGGCUGUAGUCUCCAGUAGUACUGAACCAUCUGUAAGCUCUGUGUCUACAGGAAGUUCAACCUCUGAACUAGUGACUACAUUUACGUUGCCCCUGACGAUGUCCGCAAGAGGCAACGCAAGAGCUGACUUUUCUGGGCUGACAAGUUUAUCAACUCAGACUGAAAACGAAACAUCUUCAUUUGCUUUUCCUACUGAACAACCACAAAACAAUCUCACCAUGUUAGCUUUUGGGGUAAUGAGUCUGAUUCUGAUCCUGAUUGUCGUCAUGGUGAUUCUGGUCACUGUCGUUAAUCUGAGAGGGAAGUGCCACCGAUCCAAGGAAUCCAAAGGUAAAAAGUCUGGAGAUUCAGGUGUGUCUGAAAGCAAUUCUGCUAAUUUAGAAAAAGAAAGCAUAACACUGGUCUCUGUGAAAAGCUUGAACAUAGAGACAGACUCGCCAAGGAUUUGCUCCACACGUCGUACAACUAUAGAAAAUGAUGAACACGGAGGAAACUUCCACGAUGUACACAGCACAAAGUUGGUGUAACUGAUCAGCUUUACAAUCUGAGAAGACGGUUGAUAUAUUUGUCAGCAAACACAGGACUAGAAACCAUUACAAUUCCACUGCUUUACAGGGAGUGACUGAGUCAGCUAUUUCACCUCAUGCUCUUCACCUCUGGAGUGGCUGGUAAAAUAAGUUUGCUGGUCUGAUCCCAGAGGACAUUAGUGUAUUAGUGUUGAGUUCAAUGUCAGUCUCCAGGGGCUGAAUGACAGGGUAUUUCCAGUCAGGACUGUGUUCUAGCUGGGACGGGAAUCUCCUAUAAACCGUGGUCAGGGCCAAUGUCGUGUCAAAAAACAUUUCAAUAAAUAAAAAAAUAUACAUUUCAAUAAA